AUGCCAAGGGCGUGGAGCAGGGGAUUCACAAGCAGAUGCAUAUCAUCAGCAACCCCUGAGACCUCGUGCAACAUCAAGAUGCUGGUGUCCUGCCUCCAUUUGUUCGCCACGGUCGCUGCCUCAUGUCAGGUAUAUGGCGAGGACACAAAUUUGGGUGUCCAGCUCCUUGCCUGCAUGUGCAAAGAAUUCAGAACCUGCAGAUUAUUUUGUGUAUGUGACUACAAGGUGUUGGAAAUCCAAUCAGACUUGCAGCAGAUGAAGCCAACGCGGACGAUGAUUAACUUCUCUGACCUUAUGGGAUCGGUGGCAGCGAGAUCCGCAAGGAGAACGAGGUGGCGCCGCAAGAUGGCAAGAACGGUGCGGCAGCGGGGUGGGCAAGAAGAUGAGGCUCCAGGUUUGGCUGAUUGCUCGGAUGAUGAGUAUCAUAACCCACACAAGAAAUAUAGAAAAGGUAAAGCGAAGACACAGUCCAUUUGGUUUGUCAUUUUGAAGGCACAGAUAGAAACAAGAACACCAUAUAUGUUCUAUAAGGACAGAGUUCUGCCGUUUCAGUGGUGCCAAGAUAUACCCGGGGAAUGCAUCAGAUUCGUCUAUUCAGACUCUCGAGUCUUCCUUUUUUCCAACUCAAAGUGCAAGCGCUAUUUCCACAACCAUCUUAAGCCUGGUAAGCUUAUAUGGAAUGCCAUGUACAGGAAGCAGCACAAGAACUAUAUUCGUGUUGAGGCUGCAAAGAAGAGGCACCGCGCCAUCAAGAGUCCUUAUGGUCUCGCUGAUCAUCGCCUCUGGACGCGCCAUUGA